UUAUUUCAUUGAAAUAUCCACUCUGUUGAUCUUAUUUAUACUGUCAUUUGGAUAUUUAAACCGAAAGUGGGGUUUAUUUGUAUAUUUUAUAGCUGGUUAGCCAUUUUUAGGUAGCUAGCUAGCUAACUAACUAACUACGGCAGCUAGGCCGGACAAGGCCUUGAAAAAUAUGAUCAGUAGCUGGAUAACUCGCUUGCAAGUAAGCCGGAUAGCGUUUGCAUAGAAGGUUGUGCAAUUCGUUAUUACAUGUUAGCAAACACAUUAUUUCUGGGGAAAUUUAAAACAACCACAGUUGUUGAAGUGUUCUUAAAAUCAGAAUAACCUGAGAGGUGUUUGUAUGCUAACAGCUUCGAUACGCUGUCGGCUUUGACAGUUUGAGCAAAAAAAAAAUGUGGUCGAAGAGCUAGUUAGUUAACGAGCUAGCUAACAAAAGCGCUGCUAGCCAGCUGUAUCCAGGUUCUUUUUUCGAAUGACACUAUGUGAAAAAUAGCUAGCUAACGUUCUAUAAAAUUGUGUGUUACAGUACCGUGGAUGACGAAAAACGCAAACCCCCAGUAAUUGCUGGUAAACCGUCUUGUCGAUUUGUUUCGUGUUUCAUUUCUGUGCUCCAUGGAUUUUGUUUUGCAAUUCUUUAGGUAAACUAGUUAGUAAAUGGAGGUGGCUAUCUAGCUAACUGCUUGUAAUAAAAAUUAUAGCUAACGCUUAGCGCUACGCUAUUUUUUCCACCUAGCUAACGUUACUGCAAGUGGCCCGAGAAAUGACGUUACUUCAGAAAAUGUCUGUUAUCCCGCUUUAUCGAGAGAAACGGUCAAUGAACGUUUACAGGACUGUUGAGCCAGAUGAUGCUCGUAAGGUCCCUUUAAAAACAAGGAAAACAUGGCAAGAUUUUAAUGUACACUCUCCCAAAUUCAGAAUUUUACGGUAGCUGAUAAAUGUCAGUGUUUGUAGAAGAUGUGUCUGGUGGCAAUGCACGGGCUCUGUAUUUUGCAAAGCUGAGAUCAGUUCGUAAGGAAAUUACAUGAACUAGAUCUCUGCCGAAAUGGGAGCCACGUGCUGUUGUACAAUUUACAGAAACGGCAUGCUGUUGCUGUGUCGAAUGACAGCACAAGCACUGUAACUUGCCAUGUGAAGGUGGGCAAAACCUUUUCGAGUCCAUCCCAAAUUUACUGUUCCAUUAGCCCAAAAUACAUUGAAAUGGUUUCUGCACGUUACUUAUAGAAACCUUGGUAUUCGCUCUGCUUAUUCAUACAAGGUAAAACAUGGGCGGGAAAAGGAGCUUUGUGAUCAUGUUUGACUGCCAUUCGUAGUAUCAUUAUGUUAAAUGUCGGGGAAGUGUUUGUUUUCUUUCUACAUAUAGGUAAAGAAGCAGCUACUUCUACAUGCCUGAAGAUCACUGGAAUCAGAUAGAAUUUAUGUGAAAAGAAAAAAAUAGAUACCCAGAAGACGGCUGGUUUUCUCGUUUUUUUCUUUUUCUUGCUCCUGGGAGCCUUUGCUGCUACAGCCCCUUCAAUAAUUCUCUUCCUCUGCCACCCAAUUGUAAGAAGAAAAUUUUUUUAACCUUCACUGCAGUUUUUUCAUCCCCCCCUCCCCAUUUUUUUCCCUUGGCUGUCUUCUGGGAUUACAUCCAUAGAGAAGAGAUCUCCACCCCCUUCACCCCCAUUCAAAAAAAAAAAAAAAAGGACUUCCUUCGGCCACCCCUCUCUAGUAAUUUGCAGGCUGAGGGUGAACGAGGCAGCUGAGCUGUGUUGAGCUGUGAGAGAAGGGACGUAGGACACAGGUGUCUCCGGUCCCCAUUUCCCUCUUAACUCAUGGAAUGAGUGUUCCUUCAGGACCGCCCACCAAGGAGGCACCUCUCAGAAGUGCGUGAAGAGGAGUCGCCUACUCCACCACUGCAGAGAAACUCCCGUGGGCCUUGAAGACAGUUGACCCAGGAAGUGAUCAGCCCAGAAUUGAGACCUUCACCGCUCCAGCCCAGCCAUGUCUAACAACGGAGAUGACUGCUACUUCUACUACUACUCCACCUGCACCAAGGGUGACUGCUGCCCUUUCCGUCACUGUGAGGCGGCCAUGGGCAGCGAGACCGUGUGCAACCUCUGGCAGGAGAACCGCUGUUUUCGCAAGAUCUGCAAGUUUCGCCACAUGGACAUCAAGAAGAAGCGCAGUGAGAUUCCUUGCUACUGGGAGAACCAGCCAGCCGGUUGCCAGAAGCCCCACUGUGCGUUCCACCACGAAAAACCUCGUAUGAUUGACGGGGUGUUUGUCCCUCCUAGCAAAGCUCCUAUCCCGAGGAAGGAGGCGGAGGAGGAGGCGGUCCCGCUGGCUGAUCCUCCCCCACCAGCCCCAGUGCCCGUCGCCAGCCCGGCCAACCCCCAGCUCCGUGGGGUCAUCAAAGCUGAGACCCUGGAGAACGUGCCGAGCCCCACCCACCCUCCGGUGGUCAUCAACCCCGCAGAUGAUGAGGACGAGGAUGAGGAUGAUCAGUUCUCUGAAGAAGGGGAGGAGAGCACAUCGAGGAUGGUCUCACCCAGGAAACUGAUCUCUAGCACCAAUAAAGAUGAUUCUCUAAACUUUGGCAUUAAAACUCUUGAAGAAAUCAGACUGAGGAAAGCUCUCAAAGCAAAUUUAAAGAAAGCAGGUCAAUCCGCCACUGGCGGUCUCUCUCCACCAGCCCAGCCGAACAAUGGGUCGAGUGUGGAAAAAGAGAACAUCAGGUCUUUUGUGCAGCCGUCACUGCUCACCACCAAGGAAGGUGCCCCAGAGCAGGGUGAAGAGACAGUGAGACGGAACAUCACCGAGCGGCUGGGGAGGAGAAAGGCCGCGCUCACUGGAGAACAGCUGUUCGUUAUACAGAAAGAUUUGCCGGUAGAAAGCGAUUUGCCGCCCCUUAAGCGCAGACUCGCCGAGCGCCUUGGAAGAAAGGUGGACUCUCCUGAUAAUGACACAAAUGUUCCCGCUUCAAAAGCUUUAAAGCCAGUGCGGGACCGACUGGGAUUGCCUGCACAAGCUACUGAUGGUGAAACUGAGAGUACCAGAGACUCAAAGCCAGCUGAAGAGAUCCGCAUAAAGACCCUGGAAGAGAUCCGACAAGAGAAGGCUGCCAAGUCUCAGGCUCAGGGACAGGCCAUCACUACCACCACCGCUGCUUCCAAGGCCCCCAGCUCUGUAAAGAAAGCUGGCAAGCCCAUAGCUGGCGUCCACGUGAAGACCUUCUCUGAGAUCCUGCACGCCAAGAAGAAGCUGGAGGAGCAGAAGAAGGUGGCCCCUGAAGAGCCUGCGUCGGAGGGAGUCGGCACCUCCGAGGCACCUGCGGAGGAGACAGGCCCGAGGAAGACGGCCGCGCAGCCCGGCGAAGUCCGAGUGAAGACGCUGGAGGAGAUCCGCAAGGAGAAGGCUGCACGGAUGCCGGCCAAGGGCCAGGAGGCCAAACCAGAGGAGAGCCCCGCAUCCGCUCCCCUGAAAAGGAGGAUACUGCGCAUCAACAAAACCACGGCUGCAGGAGCGGCCAACGCCAGCGACGCAAAAACACCAGAGGCCACAGAGAAGCCGGCGGAGCCUGCAGCUGCAGAGGUGGGCUCUGCGAACGGGAAGGUGGACUCGUCCGGCGGGAGCGUGAAGGUGAAGACCUUCGAGGAGAUCAUGCGGGAGAAGAGGCUCCGCCAGCAGCAGGAGGAGCAGGUGGCGUCCUCUGUCCCGCCAGCGGACCCUGCUUCCCCGCCGGCCCCAAAACAGCAGGCGCCCACCCUCCACAGGCCCGCGGCUACCCUCAGGCAGAAAGCGAGCGCGGCGCCGCAGCCGUCCGAACCCCCUGCCCAGGCCAAGGCCCCGGCGGCAGUGGCACGGCAGCGCAUCACCCUCAAACAGAAAGAGCCCAGCCCUGUGCCCGGGGCUGAACAGAAGGCCGAGCCCUCACCUGCUGCUCCGCAGGCAGAUUCCCCCUCCGCCGGUGUCGGCGACAUGAACUGCACCCAGGAGAAGCAGAAGAGAGCCUCCCCAGCGCCCCCUGCAGCCCCCAGCCUCACUCCAGAGGAGCCACAGGCCGAGAGGGCACAGGACGCUGCUACUAAGAAGUCUCCUGUGCACUUGUCGGAAACCAAAGUGAGGCCCAAACUGAAUGUGAAGCCUUCUGUAAUGAAGGCAGCCAACCAGGUGAAACUAGGCCAGAAGAGGAAAGCCCCAGAGAGUCACCGUUCUGCUGUUGCUGCAGUGAAGCCUCUCAACAGCGCCCCCGCUGCAGAGGAGGAUGAGGUGCAGGAGCCGCUUGGCAAGCGUGCUGAGGUGAAGGCACCAGAGACGUCAUCCCCGUCGGCUUGUGUGGAGAUGGAUGCGCAAGCUUCCCUUCAGGAUCCCACGCUGUCAGUCCCAGAAUCCUUGGUGUCAUCCUUCAGCAGCACCCCCGAGAUAGAGCUCCAUGCUGCUCCCAGCGCAGAGAACAGCCUCGCCACACCUGAACAGGUUGUGUCAUCUGCCAAGGAGCCCCGUGCUACCCCACAGAGCCCUGCGGUGGUCAAGACCCCCACCCAGCCCAAGGCACGGCGCCAAAGCUCAGUGACCCCGCGAGCCGCGGGCCCCGCCGCGUCGGACGACUUGGAUGAACUGAUGAACGAAUUUGCAGACGACCGCCUGGACGGCGAGAUGGAGCUGGAUCCCGCCAAAGGCGAGGACGACCUCCUGCUGGAGCUGUCAGAGAUGAUCGGCAGCUAGGGGCCCCGGCCGGAGGACGGGCAAACACAGCAUCAGCAUCACCACCCCUGGAGAACGCCCUACAUGUCACAUCGAAAAGGAAGAGAACACCUUUCCCAGCAUCCUUGCUCAAACCCGUGACGUUGAUUUGUUGGGAGGGGAGGCUCUGCGUCCCCUCAGAUGUGGCUCUUCUCCUUUCAGAACUGCAGAUGCAGUUCAGUCUGUGUUGUCAUUUCCUCCUCUGGAGGCAUGCCGUACACAGGCAGUCUGCUCUCAUUUCAGGGGGGAAAAAUGUAAAUGCAUUUCUAUUUUAAGGUUUCAGAUAUGAUUCUGUUUUUAAUUUUUACUUUGUUUUUUUUAGAAGGUAGUUAUGUUUGUCAGUUAAAUGUCCCCUUCUUUCUGUAGUUUCUGCAGAUUUAACAUUUAAAUGCGGAGACUUUUGAUGUGUUCCCAGAGGGAAUAUUUAUAAGAUGUAUAUUAAAAUGUUUCUUUUCAUUUGCUUGGCUUAUCAUUCCUCAUUUGAAGCAGGAUGUAAGGGAGCAGCAUCUUUUUGGUUUGAAGAAAAAGGUGUAUGUCCUACCUUUGGGCACUAUGUCUGUGCUCAGUCUUGCCUUCAGCAGAGAUCAAAACCUGCCUUUGCCGGAUGGUGUAAACCUAGGUUUUUCAGUCGCUGCAAAUUUCUUGUUUGCUGAAAGUUAAGACUGAUCUUCUUUGAUAGGGUAAUAAAUGGGGAAAAAUUGGAAUGCUGCAAUUUGUGUACUAUGUAUGCUGUACUGUAUAUGUAUGCCUCAGCUGACUUUGAAGGGGGAUGUGAUUUGUGGCACUUACAACCUGCAGCUGCCCUCUUUUAGUAGGUCUGUAGUAGUCCUAAAGAUCAUGCUUAGAUAUUCUGGUCAUCUGUUACUAUGAACCAUGCCAUUUCUUAAUUUGAGCUGUACCAUUUUGCAUAUAAUGGCGUUUCCAUGUGAACCUCAGUAACACUAAAAAAGACAAUCAGUUUGGGUGAAAGUCUUAAUGUGGCAGCAUUGUUCUCUGAAACUACUGUUUGCUCUGAAAACUGAAUGUGUUAAUGUAAAAAAAAAAAAAAAAAAAAAAAUCUUUCAGAAGACCAAAUCUGUGUUGUAAUCAAUUUCAGUCCUCAAGCUUGAGUCCUUGACUGAUUAAAUUAUGUCCUCUGUUCUGAGGAAGUAUUUUGAAGUCAUUACAGAAUGCUCAAAGUUGUCUCAUUCUUUUUAAUCAACAUCAGUGUGAUAUGUAACGCGUCAUAAAGUUUGAGAUGCAUGCAUUGCAAGAUGUCCUUUUGCGAAUCUGAAUCUUUACGUUUUCUGUAUGCUGUACAUCUUUCUGUUACCGAGUGAAUUUAGGACUUCUCAUGAACUGCUGUUCAGCCUCUCAAGUUCAGUUGUGCAAUGCCACGGGACCAUGCUUUACCUGUCUCUCUUACGAGCAGAGACAUAUUCCACCACGGAAAUAUGGUGUCAUCCAAGCAUAACCUUAACACUUCUUACAAUUUCAAAGAUCUGGAUUAUAAAUGUGAAAAAGCUGCCUCUCAGGGAAGAUGUCUGAUUUUGUCUGCUGUUCAUACUGUUUUAAUAUGCUCCCACGCUACAGUACAGUAGUUGUCCUCUGGCAGCAUAUGGACUCCCCCCCAACUUUCUUUGUAUGUCUCCUGCCACAUGUGAACUGAGUAUGGAAGUAGGAUGGUGUGAUCUGAAUACCUGUGUGUGUUUUCGGAUGAUUUCAUUUUAAAUGCCAGUCGAAUAGUAUAAAAGUGUCCUCUGUAAUAUCCUCUGUAAAUAAUAAUAAUAAAAAACUUGUGAACAUGGA